AUACUGACCCACCGCGAGCUCCGGGUAAAUAUGGAUUCCAGUUCUGUCCAGGAGUCGACUCAACAGCGCUCUUUGCGGGAUCGCAUUUUCAACCUCUUUCGUACCUCUUCCUCAAAUGACGCCCCAGGUCUUCCAGCAAGGCUCGUAGCCACCGAGAGCGCAGCGCAAAACGAAGGGUCGGCGAUAAUCUAUCCGCCACGAGAGCCUGAUGCAAGGACUCGUCUUCUGGAAUCGUAUGAUCGCGGGGAGCGUGGUCGGAGGAACUACGGCGAUCAUGGGACUUUUUCUUCACAACCCGAACAGGAAGAUAUCCAGAAAUGGGAUGCAAGCUCUUUGCAGAAUGCUGGUAACGAAGAAAGACCGCAGCUUCCAGGAGAAGCCGACGGCCAUAUUGGGCCUCCCAGCGACGCCUCAGGAUACCCACAAGGACCAGAGAAUAUACCACCGCUAGACUCCUCUUUUACAUCAUUGCACAUGACGAAUCAUAAAUCUCUGUAUAUAUCUUACUACAUCCCGUUUUUCAACUGGAUUACCCAAUAUCGGUGGUCAUACAUCCGAGGAGAUUUAAUUGCUGCGACAACCAUUGCGUCCAUCUACAUCCCUAUGGCGUUGUCCUUAUCCUCAAAUCUCGCCCACGCACCUCCUAUCAAUGGUCUCUACUCUUUCGUGAUCAACCCUUUCAUUUAUGCAAUCUUCGGGAGCAGUCCGCUGUUAAUAGUGGGUCCGGAAGCAGCAGGCUCUUUGCUUACUGGGACGAUUGUCAAGUCUAGUGUCGGACCAGGCCCGUCUGGUGAGGAUGACGAAGCGGCGAAUGCUAUGGUGGUCGGCAUAGCCACUGCUAUGGCGGGUGCCAUGAUACUGAUCGCUGGGCUUACACGAUUGGGAUUCCUGGACAAUGUGCUGAGUCGGCCCUUCCUUAGGGGUUUCAUUACAGCAAUCGGUUUCGUGAUUUUUGUGGAUCAACUCAUUCCCGAAGUCGGAUUGACCGAUCUAGCGAAGGAAGUUGGUGUCAGCCAUGGGACUACGGUUGACAAGCUCGUGUUCCUUAUAAGAAACAUAGGAGAUUGCCAUGCGCUUACAACCGCAGUGGCUUUUGGGAGCUUCGCUAUUAUAAUGGUAUUUAGGACUCUCAAAAAAAUGCUCCAGCCUCGAUAUCCCCAAGUGAUCUAUCUUCCGGACCGAAUUCUUGUAGUUAUUCUUUCAGCUGUCCUGACAUGGCAUCUUGGCUGGGAUGAAAAAGGGUUGGAGAUUCUUGGGCCCUUGAAACAAAAUGCCGAUGGCCUUUUUACGUUCAGAUGGCCUUUCCAGUUUAGCCAAAUGAAGCAUGUACGCGCUGCAAUGAGUACUUCUUUCGUCAUUGCCCUACUUGGCUUUUUUGAGUCUUCUGUUGCCGCCAAGGGACUUAGUGGCGAGGCCAGGCAAGAAGGUGUCCAGGGAAUGCCUGUCAGCGCUAACAGAGAGAUGGUGGCACUGGGUCUUGCUAAUACUGUUGGGGGCUGUUUCAUGGCGCUUCCUGCAUUUGGUGGGUAUGCAAGAAGCAAAGUCAACGCUUCAACUGGAGCUCGAUCCCCGAUGAGCAGCAUUUUCCUGAGUGUUAUUACCUUGGUUUGCAUCAUCGUGCUCUUGCCGUAUUUAUACUAUCUUCCGAAAGCCGUUCUUUCUUCUAUGAUAUCUGUCGUCGCUUUCAGUCUCAUUGAAGAAUGUCCUCACGACUUGGCUUUCUUUAUCCGUCUGCGCGGAUGGACGGAGCUAGUCCUAAUGCUUCUCAUCUUUGUCUCCACUAUUUUCUAUUCUCUAGAACUGGGAAUUGCCCUUGGUAUUGGUCUUUCUAUUUUGAUCCUCAUUCGCCAUUCUACGCAGCCUCGGAUUCAAAUUCUGGGUAAGAUAGCAGGCACCACCGACCGUUUCGAGAACGCCGAACUCCACCCUGAGAGCGUUGAGUUGAUCGAAGGCGCGCUCAUUGUUAAGAUCCCGGAACCUCUGACCUUUGCUAAUACUGGCGAGCUCAAGAAUCGUCUUCGGCGGUUGGAAUUCAUCGAUGGUUCCGGUACGCAAGUCUUAUAUGAGAUUGUGGACGGGUAUGCAGACCAGGGUGUCAGCGUCUUCUUCUGCCGUGUCGCAACUCGCAAUGUUUUCCGCAUGUUUGAACGAAGUGGAAUCGUGGAGCGAUGCGGUGGGCUAACUCACUUCGUUCAUGGUGUCGACGAAGCCCUCCGCCUCGCCGAAUCGGAAGAUCAGAUUGACAUCUGA